AGCCCUGCCAGAUCUGGGUCGGCCUUCGCCACCCGGGCACACCCCUCUCUGUAUCACGGACUUGGCUUUGGGAGGUCCUUUAAGACUGUCAAGUUUCUGAACUGGCUUGUGGACAGCGUCUGUGAAUCUGGAAAAUCCAGAGAUGGAGUUCCCAGCCUAUCCUCCAAAUUUGUCUCUGAAAGAAGAGCAAGAAAACGAGAUUCAAAUCCAGGAAUUGGAGGAUGCCCCCAUAGAUAUGCAGAAAGUACAAAUUUGUUCCGAAGGUGCAUGGGUGCCAGCCCUAUUUGAUGAGGUGGCCAUAUAUUUUUCGGAUGAGGAAUGGGAAGUUUUGACGGAGCAACAAAAAGCCCUCUAUCGGGAAGUCAUGAGGAUGAAUUAUGAGACUGUCCUGUCCCUGGAAUUCCCAUUCCCUAAGCCAGACAUGAUCAGUCGGUUGGAAAGGGAAGAGGAGUAUCCUAAUUCUGAUGAGUGGCGGCUCCAGGGAGUAACCUUUGCAGAAAAUGAAGAAUCUGACUUUAAGACUCCGCAUUGGGCAAGCCCAAUGACCACCAGCUCCCCUUUCCCUCAACCUCAGCACUUCAACAGCUUUUGGCAUCUGCCUCAGGAUAUCACUGAGCUGCCUGAGUGGAGUGAGGGCUACCCCUUCUACAUGGCCCUGGGCUUCCCAGGGUAUGACCUCUCAGCUGAUGACUUGGCUAGCAAGUUUCAGUUCAGUCGGGGCAUGCGCCGCAGUUACGAUGCAGGGUUCAAGUUGAUGGUGGUGGAGUAUGCUGAGAGCACCAACAACUGUCAGGCUGCCAAGCAGUUUGGGGUGUUGGAAAAAAAUGUUCGAGACUGGCGAAAAGUAAAGCCACAGCUCCAAAAUGCCCAUGCCAUGCGGCGGGCAUUCCGAGGUCCCAAGAAUGGGAGGUUUGCUCUGGUGGACCAACGUGUGGCUGAGUAUGUCAGAUACAUGCAGGCCAAAGGGGACCCCAUCACCAGGGAGGCAAUGCAGUUGAAAGCUCUUGAAAUCGCCCAGGAGAUGAACAUUCCAGAGAAAGGGUUCAAGGCAAGUCUGGGCUGGUGUCGAAGAAUGAUGAGAAGGUAUGACCUAUCUCUGCGGCAUAAAGUGCCAGUUCCACAGCACCUGGCAGAGGACCUGACUGAGAAGCUCGUCACUUACCAGCAGAGUGUGCUGGCUCUGCGCCGGACACACGACUAUGAAGUGGCACAGAUGGGCAAUGCAGACGAGACACCCAUCUGCUUAGAAGUGCCCUCUAGGGUGACUGUUGACAACCAGGGCGAAAAGCCUGUCUUGGUCAAGACACCAGGUAGGGAGAAAUUGAAGAUCACAGCCAUGCUGGGUGUGUUGGCUGAUGGGAGGAAGUUACCCCCAUACAUCAUUUUGAGGGGGACAUACAUCCCCCCUGAGAAGUUCCCCAGUGGCAUGGAAAUCCGCUGCCACCGCUACGGGUGGAUGACUGAGGACUUGAUGCAAGACUGGUUGGAAGUUGUGUGGAGACGGAGAACUGGAGCUGUGCCCAAACAGCGGGGGAUGCUGAUCCUGAAUGGCUUCCGGUGUCAUGCCACCGACUCUGUGAAGAGCUCCAUGGAAAGCAUGAACACAGACAUGGUGAUCAUCCCAGGGGGCCUGACCUCCCAGCUGCAGGUGCUGGAUAUGGUGGUCUACAAGCCUCUGAAUGACAGUGUCCGGGCCCAGUAUUCCAACUGGCUUCUGGCGGGGAACCUGGCACUGAGCCCCACUGGAAAUGCGAAGAAGCCACCCUUGGGCCUCUUCCUGGAGUGGGUCAUGGUUGCAUGGAACAGCAUCUCAAGUGAAUCCAUUGUCCAGGGGUUCAGAAAGUGCCACAUCUCCAGCAACUUAGAGGAGGAAGGUGACGUCCUAUGGGAAAUUGAGAGCCAGUUGCCCAGAGAACCAGCAAAAGAAUAUGACCCUGAAAGUGUGGCUGAGGGCAACUGAAGGAAGAGUUCAGGUAACUGGCCAGGAACUAUCACUGAUGCUCCCAGUCAUGCCUAGCACUACCUUUUUCCUGGCCACUAGUUUCUCUUUUUAAGUUCUCUUUAAGCCUGCCAUGCCACAGUAUAAACAGCAGGUCAUCACCAUUUUCUCUUUUGUAUUUUAUUCUGUGUCCUGGAUCCAGAAGCACUUGUAUAGCGGGUAAGAUGAACAAGAAGCUGCCAGAACACUUCACAUGAGAGCAGUACGACUGCAAAAAAUUACUUGGGCCCAAAAGAGCAUAGUCAACAUUGUUCCAUUUACAAAAAGUUUGUCUGAAAACAUAACUUUCUUCUCUUAUAAAUGUUGAACUUUUAGGGCUGGUUUGUCUGCUUGCAUUACUUAACAUAGUUGCACUGCCUUUUGCUGAUCUGCAGGACCAUGACCCAGGGAGAGAGUGAAGUCUGCCUUUAGUAUCUCUAAGCCUCCGGUCUGUGUCCUAGGGUGGUCAUACCAUGCCCACCAGGGGGAUGAUGAUACAUAUUACUUGCUUUCCUCUAGGGAAUGUUGAGAGUUUUAAAACAUCAUCUUAGUCCAUGGAACUUCAGAUGGGAUGAGCCAUUUCAGACAGUUCCUGUUGUCAGCAGAUGCCUGAAGGGUGUCUUUGAAUGAAUUUUUGAAGUGCUGCAGUGCUGGCUCAGCAGUUAAAAAAAAAAAAAAAUACUGUUCUUGCAGAGAGCCAGUUUGGUUCCCAGCACCCACAUCAUGUAGCUCAUAACCAGUGACCUCUUAGCCUCCUAGGCGCCUGCAGUCACAUGCACAUUUCCACACACAGAAACACAGUGUAUAUGUAAUUAAAAAUAAAUCUGGGGCUAGAAAGAUGACUCAGUGUUUACCGUUCAUUCUUGCAGAGGACUGGGGUUCAGUUCCCAGCACCCACAUGACGGCUCACAGCCAGCUGUAAUUCUACUUCCGGGGGAUACAGUGCUCUCUUCUGGCCUCUGCCAGUUCCUACAUGCAUGUGGUAUGCAUAUCCUCAUGCAGGCUCACAUAUAUACGCAUAAAAACAAACCUUUUUAAAAACUGAUCUGCACCAGAAAUAGUACCACAAUGAGUAAAGUUUAAGGCCCUGAGGUCAUCAAGUUGGGGUGGGAGGUGUGUGCAGGAGGAGAGCAGCUUUGAAAGAAAGCAGGGAUGGGAGCUGAGCAGAGCCCACCUAGCAAAAGCCCUGUACACACACCCUGAGCAAGCAGGAGAGUGCCAGAGUAGGGACACAGGAAGCACAGACAACUCAUCCAUUCUCAUUUUCCUUUUCAGUCCAUCUGCAGCCUUUGAAAAGGCAAGUGGCCAGUCUUUAACCAAAGACCUAAAAUUAUCUUAAUAUACCUUCUCCUUAAAAAAAAAAAGUCUACUAAUGUACAUUUUACUUGACCACCUGCCAUGCAAGCAGAAUGCUAACUGAAAUCUCCACUGCUUUGUGCUGUAUAAGCACAGGCUCUUAGUGACAUGCACCUCCUUCCUGCCCUCAUAUCCUACCCUUAACACUGAGCCUUAAACUUAAGAGUAGAGCAAGCAGUUCUUAAUGCUGCAUUCAAGGUAACUGAAAUGGUUUCUUCCCAUGCCCCCCACUCUGUAUAAAGUCCCAUGGAUUCAGAACCCUUUCUGCUGACCACUCUGCUGCCCCAUUGCCUAGCAGACUGAGUGCAGUUGUUUUGUCUUCUCUCAUUCCUGUUUCCCCCUCUGUUAGAAAACAUUUUCAAUUUUCUAAGCAAUUUACCACUUGUGGAACCCAAUCAAAACCCUCAGAAGAGGAGUGGGCAGGAAACCAUGCUAAGCCACAGCUGCACACAGCGGGAGCCUCUGCUCCUCCAUAUGCCUCCAUCUCUGUACAGCUGCUGGGGAGUGAUGGAAAUAGGGAUUCACAGCAAACAAGAUCCACAAGACGGGCAUUAAAGCACCUCCUGUCAUGGAAUAGAAUAUGAUUUUUGUUAAAAGGCCAAGCUAAUUCAUACUUAGGUUCUCUGUUUUCCAGCAAAUGAAACUGAUUGGAACACUUGGAAGGAAAAAAAAAAAUUGUAAGAAGAUGGCUGCAGAGAGACCAAGAAGGGGCAAUAAGGCUCUGAACAUCCAGGUCUGGACAGCAGCCUGAGCAUCCUAUUUCAAGACAGCCCCACCCACCCCAUUCCAUCCGGUGUCAUACAGACCUAAGACCCUUAAGUUUAGCAACGAGCUCAGAAAAGAAACCUUCUGCCCCAUUUCUCCUUUCAGAGCUAUCUCCUCUGCCCCUUAUAGAAGCCUGUAAACAUGAAUGGACAAAGGUAUUUCCUGGAGAAGAGAACAUUGUUCAGCACCAAGACAUACCAUGUCACCACAGCUCUUGUGUCUUUUUCUGUGGAGCAGAAACCUCAAGUAUAUACCUUUGCAGAUACUUUGGUAGAACCUGUUUGCACACAGGUCAAGACGACAGAAAAGCUUUUGCAGAAACUCACCACUCAUGUACUACUGUUACUUACACAUCUCACUGAGGGAAUGAAAUUAAUAACAGCAAAAUCCAGACACUGGCUUGGUGCCAGAAGAUAAGAGUAUAAAAUAGAUGAUGCUGUUACACCUACCUUCCUAAUCUAGUUGGCAGCUAGACUUUUUAGGGUCUUAUUCAAUGGCCCUUCGUUCCCUAUUAACCCUCUUUAAUGAGGCAACCCUUGGUUAACAGGCCUUUGCUUUUCAGGCUGCUUGUAGAUGUCUCUAAACCAUCUGCUGUCUGUGCAGACAAGACCCACUGACUCAUACUUGGUUAAUUUCUUGAAUAUUUUUAUCAAAAGGGCAGUGGGAGGGAUUGGGCCUUGAACCACAGCUGCUUUCAGACUUCAACUCUACAAGAAUAGAUAUGAGUCACUGACUUUUUCCACAAUAGUAAUUUGCAUUCCUGCAUAAGAAAAACAUUCCUUCAAAGCUAUCUGUGCUACAAAAAUUCUGCCAGAACCUCACAGGCAAAGACUUUACUAGAUCUGUCAUUCCAGAUACUCAGUCUGGCCAACCGGUUGCUAUGACUGCUUUUCCUUCCUCCACUCAGCUCAUAUGGAUGCUGUACACUGUUCUUGGCAUCUUUACCAGUUUCUGCUCAGGUACUCAUACUGUUUGCCGUCUAGUUUUCUGAUCUGCUUUAACCAGUCAUUACACCUGCCCAGUUUGUCAGAGUUCCAAACACAUGAAAUGACCUCUAAGAUCUGAAUGAACUGACAUUUUAAUUGUUUCUCAUUAGCUUUGUCCGAACUGUCUUGUCAUCCCCAAAUGACAUCUGUUACUUUCCAUGCCAUCAAGUUUUGUUUGGUAUGUUUGUUUUUCCUUCUACUGUCCUCUUUCCCAACUUUGUUUCUCUUGCUUGAGAGCUUAAAAGAUGCCAUGUUGGGGUUUUCACACAGAAGCCAGGUAACUUAACGAAGAGUAGAAAUGGACUUAACUCCUGUUCAUCACUCAUCAGCUGAUAAUGCCUUAUAAGUUACAUAGCACUGGAAUUUUCCUAGAGUGAUGGUUCUGCUGUCAGGGUCUUCUGGGGCACCCUCCUCCACUGACUUAAGAUGAUCUAUACAGAACCCCAGUACAGCUAUUAGCAGAAUAGUGGUUACCAGAGAAUUACCAUAGCACACUGAGACUGGUACUCCCAACUAGAUAGAAACUGAUCCCAGUAAUAAACUUUGAUAACAAA